AUGAGUGAUGAAUUGGCGCUUGUGGAGAAGGUCGAGCUGAGGCUGGCUCUCGCAGACACAGACCAGAAGUUUGAGACGUCUCUCGAUUCGUACCUUGCUCCGAUUCUUCUCAAAUUUGCCUCCCCCAAUUCCGAUGUUCGGGCACAAAUCAACAAGAUGGUCAAGUAUCUUCUUACGAGGAUCAACUCGUCCAAUGUCAAGCUCCCUGUUCUAAAACUUUUGCAGCAGGUGAAGAACCCGUCAUUGUCCCCAAAUGUUGACCCCACUGUGGUUCAGUCGUAUACUCUGGUGUUCAUUUCCAAAGGUUUGCCUCGACUGUCCCAGAAAGAGAAGACAGACCUCAUUCCAAUCAUCAUUGAUGGGAUUUCGACAGUGAAGCCGCUGAUUGCAGCACGGCUGUUUAAUAUUCUUUGCAAAGCGUUGCUCGACCUCGACGUGAAGGACACUGAGAAGGAGUCGUACAGGGCGUCUCUAAAUAUCAACGAGACAGACAAGCAGUUUUUGCUGGAGAAGUUCUAUGAGUUCAUGCUGUUGGGAACAGUUCUACCCGACGAAUCGCACAGUAUUCCUCAAACAGUCAGUUUCCCCGGCCUGUCUGCCCAGAAGGUGGCGUUUUUCACUUACCAGGCUGGUGCGACCUUCGAUCUGGGUACUUUGAUCAGUUACAAAAAGGCCAUUUUCAAGUUUGCAGAAACCGUGUUUCCCGAGUCCAAUGCCCUCAUUGCCAUUGUGGCAUCCGCUGAUACGUCUAACUCGCUGGCUAACGACGCUCUUUCGUUCCUGAAAAGAAACAAAAUCGACCACGAAGACCAGGCAAUUGUGGACAAACUUAUAUCUCUCUUCAUCGGCGACGAAACUGUCGAGCCAGCGGGCGUUUAUCUACAGGAAAAAAUCAUGAACUUCUGCUGUCAAUCACGCAAGGCAGUCAAGUCGCCAGACUCAGAUAAACUGUGUUCUAUGGGGCUGGAAUCGGAGUACCCUAAAUUGAAACAGGCCACAAUCAGAUUCAUCAAAUGGAUUUCAACGGUUCUUGUGGAUCAAGAUGAUGCGACCGACGAAAAUCUAUGCAAGUCAAUUGCUUUGCAAUUGAAAGAUAAUCUUUCUCAAGAGGACGUUACCACUUCCAACACAAUUCAACAGAGAUUCCAGUAUGAGGCCUUGAGUGUGGUUCUCAGGAGGAUUACUAAACUUGAAAACUGCGAGUUUAUUGACUUCCUGUUCAGAAUGCUUGAAAGGGAGCCUGUGGAGCUACGUUCAAGCAUUCAGGACUCCUUAUCGUCUCUGGCUCCAUCUUUGCAUACACUACCUCCACCAGAGCAACAGACGUUGAAACAGAUUCUGGCUUCCUAUAUUUCUGUGACACCUGCAUCUAAACCGACUGAAGGGUUUACCAGCUGUCGUUAUAUGGCUGUGAAGUACGUGAAUAGUUGUUUUGCGUUCAACGAUCCCCAAGCUAGAAUCCUGGAUAUUUUUGCACAGACCCAAUUUGAUAGACCAGAAACGAUCGAGGAGGCUGGAAAAGGUUUGCAUCCUUACUAUUUUUCCUUAUUGCAGUCGUUUGGAAACUCCGGUAUCGAUUCUGCUAAAAUCGAAUUCCCUUCAUUCGUCUCCAUUCUCGAUGAAGCACAGAAGUCAGAGCAUGUCAAUUUUGAUAAAGAGCUGAAUUUUGCUUGGAAAUGUUUGGUGAUGCAGGCUAUCAAGGGUCAAACAACAGUGAUUGUUGCUGACCAACAAUGGGACACCAGAUUAGAGAACGCACUGGAUUACGACGAGAAAGUGAAACAGCUUGUUGUUGAUGAAAUGAAACGAUUGGACUCGGUGGAUCUUAAUGGCGAAUCGGCUUUAUUGAGUUUCCUCGAAAAGCAGUUGGACGUUUUCGUGACCUACUCGUCUCUUGAAACAGGAAAGGUUUUGUACCAAGCAUUGGUUUCCAGUCCCGCUAAUGCGGUCUCGAAGCUUUCCGGCUACAUUGACAAACUCAAAUCCAUGCUUAACGUUUCUGUUUCCGAUGAGGUUCUUUUGUACGCAUCGAAAUCAUUGGCAAUCAUUGGCUCGCAUAGUGUCCUGCCAAACUCAGAGCUCGUUUCUUUACUUCAAGAUGUUUUGAAGAAAGAACACAUCAGUGCGUUAUGCUUCUUGAUAUCCCAACUGGUUCUACAGAAGAGACUAGAUGUGAUCUCUGACGAGCUAUUCACUUCUGUUCUUUCCAAGAUCAACGAUGAUAUGCUUUCAAGCUCUACAAGAGCACAAAGAGGCGCAUUGGAAGGUCUCAGCCAACUUUCGCUAUUUGGGUGCCUUGGGCCUGUUGUUUCAUUGUCUGCUUCGACCGAAAGUUUCAAGACGAAAUUUGUUGAAAACCUUUUACCUUUGGUGAAGAAGUUCAAUGAGCGUGCAACCACAGCUCUUUCUUGUUUGACGUUGUCCUUGGAAGUUCCUGAAGCUGACAGUCUUUCUCCGAUCGAGUCGGUGCUCUACGAGACACACGUCUCCAAACAAACUGAUUUCCACUUCACUUCGGGAGAGGCAUUUACAAUCAUUGCUGCAGGCUCCCAAUCGAAAGUUGUUGAUAGCAAGCUGGACAUUCGUGACCACAGCUUUGAGCCUCAGCUUGUCAAGAACCUCACUCGGCUGCCAUUGAUUUUGGACACCAUCAUCCAGGCAUGUGCAAACACUAAGCCAUCUUUGAGAAGAGCCGGUUGUAUCUGGCUACUUUCAUUUGUGCAGCACUGUGGGCAUCUUGAAUACGUGAAGACCAAGCUGGAUAUUCUCCAGAAGUCAUUCUCCCGCUUUCUAGCUGAUAAAGAUGAGAUAAUCCAAGAAUCUGCAUCCAGAGGAUUGAGUAUUGUUUACGAAAUGGGAGACGCCGACCUGAAGGAUACUUUGACGCACAACUUGUUGAGUUCUUUUACCGACUCCGGAAAAUCCAUCAGCACUGGAUUUGUUCACGAAGAUACAGAGUUAUUCGAUCCGGGUGUCAUGAACACUGGAGACAGUUCAGUUUCUACUUAUAAAGACGUCUUGAGCUUGGCCAGUGAGGUUGGAGAUCCAAGUCUGGUUUAUAAAUUCAUGUCUCUGGCCAAAAACUCUGCUCUUUGGUCUUCCAAGAAGGGAAUAGCGUUUGGAUUGGGUGCAAUUCUAGAUAAGACCAAGCUGGAGAACUUGAUUGCCAACGACGAUAAGCUGUCGUCUCGAUUGAUUCCAAAGCUUUUCAGAUACAGAUUUGAUCCUAGUCCGUCCGUUGCCAGAACGAUGAACGAUAUCUGGACGUCGCUUCUUCCAAACUCCAAUGUUGUCACUGAUAAUUUUGAUGCUAUAUUGAAAGAUUUGUUGCUCAACAUGGGAAACAGAGAAUGGAGAGUUAGACAAGCCUCUGCUUCAGCAGCGCAAGACUUGUUGCGUCUGGUUUCCUUUGACCGCUAUGAGUCGCAAUUGGAGAAGAUCUGGACUAUGUCAUUCAGAGUUAUGGAUGAUAUCAAGGAGAGCGUUCGUUUGGAAGGAAACUCGCUGACAAGAUAUCUUGCAACCACUAUGGUGAACAAGAUCUCGAGUGCUACUACACCAGGAACAGAAGACUCCAAGAUUCUUUCGCAACUGGUGCCAUUCCUUCUGGGACCGAACGGUUUGCUGAACGAUUCUGACGAUUUGAAGAAUUUUGCACUUGAGAUUGUCAUUAAACUUUCAAAGUCAUCUUCGUUGUUGUUGAAGCCGUUCAUUUGUGAUAUGGUUGAGCAGCUGGUGAUCAUGAUGUCUUCGAUUGAGCCGCAAAUUGUCAAUUAUCUGGCUUUGAAUGCAGACAAAUACAACAUGAAGUCGGACGAUAUCGACUCCCACAGACUGCACUCUAUUGGAAGCUCGCCCUUGAUGGAAGCCAUUGAGCAGUUGAUGAAUCUUCUGGAUGAUAAUCUGAUGCCUGAUUUCGUCACACACCUUUCCAAUGGCGUUAAGAAGUCUGUUGGUCUGCCUUCUAAAGUUACUGGGUCUAAGAUCAUUAUCACGCUAAUCACCCGGCAUUACUUUGUUGCACAGAAAUAUGGCGAUGAGCUGUUGAAGAUCUGUAUGGGCCAGCUCAAGGACAGGAACGAGACGGUUUCUAGAUCUUAUGCCAUUUCCGCUGGCUACUGUGUCCGUGUUGCUUCUCUGAAGAGAAUUGAGAGUCUUUCCAAGAAGCUGACCGGUUACUACUUCGAGGCUGGAGACAACGAGAGAUUGCGUAUUCUUGCGGCCAACACGUCCGAGUCCAUCUCAAGAUACUCCACCGACAAGUUCCAAUCUGUUGCGGUGAAUUUCCUGCCACUGGCCUUCAUUGGAAAACACGACCCGGUCAAAGAGGUUGGCUCUGCGUUCAGCAAGGAAUGGGAAGAUUCCACUUCUGGCGGAAGCGGUCCGGUGAAACUGUAUCUGAAAGAGAUCAUUGGUCUGAUCAGAACCCAUAUCGACUCCACCAACUUCCAGAUUCGGCAGAGCAUUGCGCUGUCCAUCAUUGAGAUCGUGGACCGGCUUGGCAACGAGCUCAACUCGCUCGGCCAGUAUCUUGGCGACUUGUAUGAUAUCCUUCUUGUUUCUUUGAAAGGGCGUUCGUACAAGGGAAAGGAAAAUCUAUUAAAGUCCCUGAUUCUUCUGGCUAUCAAGACCCCAAACUAUUUCAACGAUAACGAGGCUAUCUUCAACAAUGUGAAGCACACUGUUCUUGUGGAGGCCAGACGGAAAAACAAAGAGUACUCUGUGCAUAGUGUCCGUUCCCUGGGAGUGUUCUUGGGAGCAUUCCCGGACGAAGAUGUCUAUCAAGAGUAUUUGGAACUGGUGACUCCUUUCAUUGUGCCAAAGACUCAAGACGGAUCCGAUAUGGACACCGACUCUGAGGAAGAGGAGCCUUCCAAGGCCAACAAGAAGGCCAAGGAUGCCCGGCUCGAAGACACAAAGAUUCUGUUCCUUGAGAACCUGGUGGACGCUCUGAAUACAUCCCAGCCAGAACCAAAACUUGUCUCCUUCAUCAUGUCCAACUUAGUUGACUAUUUCCAAGACAACAGAUACCAGCAGACUUAUAAAACACAACUGGCUAUCAUCAAGGCGUUCAAAGACCUGUUGGUUCCAGGAGUUCUGGACCAAGUGUCCAAACAAGAAUUAUUUGAGAUCUGGAAAGUGAUCUCAGACAACUGUGCAAACAGAGAGAAUCUACAAAACGUCCUGGUGGCCUUUAUUAGAACGACCCAGGAGUUCCAGAAAAGCUGUUCUGAGUUCCGGUCGGCCUGCUCCCAGAAACUGGAGGCCCUUGCCGGAUUGAACAUCAACUCGGUGAUCAACAAAGAGAUAGAAAACGCAUUACAUAGUUAG